AUGUUCAACCAGAUCGACGUGUACUUCAAUCAAAAACUCGUAUCACCCCCAAACAACGCCUACGCGUACCGCGCGUACAUCGAAGCAUUGUUAAAUUAUUCUUCACCGGCAAAAACUUCCCAUCUGACUUCCUGUCUAUGGGACACGGACGAACCCGGUUAUAUGGACGCGCUAUUAGAAUCGGACAACCCCAAUCAAGCUCUCGUGAGACGCGCCCGAUACAUCCAAGGAGAACGUUCGGUAGAUCUAAUAGAUGCUAGUUUACUCAUAAGAAGAGCAAAAAUAAGCCCCGCAGUGUUACUCGAACAUGCGCGAAUGCUGAGUAAAACAACCGCCAAGUAUCCUCUGACGCGAGUCGAGGUUAAAACAUUCACGAUUCACGCUGGAGUGGUAGGAGAAUCGAUUGAUAACGCGAUACUCGGGCAACUUCCGAAACGAGUAAUAGUCGGAUUCGUCGAUAACAAAGCGUUUAACGGCGACAGAAAGUUAAAUCCAUUUAAUUUCAAAAAUUACGGCAUAAAUUUCUUCUCGCUAUAUGCCGAUGGCGUGCAAAUUCCGAGUAGAUCGCUGCAAUCGAAUUUCUCAAAAGACCAUCCGCUCUAUGUCGAGGCUUAUAACACCCUCUUCUCAGGAACAGGCAUCCAUUUUCUAAACGAGGGGAAUUCUAUAAGCAGAGAAGAUUAUGCCAAAGGUUUCACGCUUUUUGCUUUCGAUCUCACUCCCGAUCUAUCGGCAAAUUGCGCUGGACAUUGGAAUCUUGUCAGACAUGGAAGUUUACGAUUAGAG